AUGAGCUCACCUUGGAAAGUGUCUAGCAACCUCGUCCCACUUACCAUCAUCAAAGGCGCCGGCCACGAGUUCAUCCCCCUCCCUCAGGGCCAGAACGCAACUACAGCCGACUUCCACUCUGUGCGCACCAAGACGACUGAAUCCCCUGCGCACUUUACCUCUGGAUUCUAUAAGAUCGAGGCUGGGCCUCAAAGACCCGCGCACUAUAAUUUUGAGGAGACGAAGUAUGUCCUCAGUGGUCAGAUUGAUGUUUUGGACGAGGCUACCGGAAUCACUCAUCACUUAGUUCCAGGAGACUUUGCUUUCUUCCACGUCGGAUCCAAGGUCAAGUUCUCGACCAAGUCCCAAGGUUUUGCGUUCUACGCCGUGACUCGACCCGUUCGAACUCCCCACCCUAACCUUGAAGGCCGAGAAGAGGGCAAGGCCAAGCUGUGA